UUAUAAUUAAUCUCAAUGUUUAUUCCAACAAAUUGUAUUGAUUGAUUGUGUUUGUCAAACUAGUUCCAUAUCCAAAAGUCCACUUUUAUUCUUUUUUACCCUGAUUGUGAUCCUUAAAAUUGUUAAUUGUCGGGAUUGAAUCCAUAACGUUUCCUCUCCCAUUUGUUUGAGGUAAAUUAGGGAUGUUCGACAUUCUUUUGUGAGAAUGGAUUCAUUACUUUCAUUUUUUUUUAUGAUAUAUCUUUGUCAGUACAGGAAGCAGGUUCGAUAGAUCUUUGCAAAUGGAUCAGUUAUCGCUUAUUAGUGAAGAAGCAGCUGAGAUUGAUGAGCAAAUUACAGAUAUUUUUCGAACUCUAUCAAAUGGAUUCCAAAAGUUGGAGAAGGUUAAAGAUGCCAAUAGGAAAAGCAGGCAGUUGGAGGAGCUUACAGAUAAGAUGAGAGAAUGUAAAAGCCUCAUCAAGGAGUUUGACAGAGAAGUGAAGAGUUUGGAAAGCAGAAUUGAUGCUGUGACAAAUAGAAUGCUAAGUGAGAAAAAACAGGCAAUGAUUAAGGAGUUAAAUUCUUAUGUUGCUCUGAAGAAGCAACAUAAUACCAAACUUGAGAAGAAGAAAAUUGAUCUGUUUGAUGGACCUAAUGAAGGAUUUCAUGAAGACAAUGUACUACUUGCUUCAACCAUGACAAAUGAACAAGUAAUGGACCAUGGAAAUAAAAUGAUGGAUGAGACAGAUCAAGCAAUUGAAAGAGGCAGAAAGGUGGUUCAAGAAACCAUUAAUGUUGGAACAGAAACUACUGCUUCUCUUAAAGCUCAAAGAGCUUCAAAAUUGGUGAAGGAAAUCGGUAGGCAGGUUGCAACUGACAAACUAAUUAUGACAAUGCUCUUUCUUAUUGUCAUGGGAGUAGUCAUAAUCAUCAUCAUUAAGCUCGUGAAUCCUAAUAACAAGGAUAUCUCAGACAUUCCUGGGUUGCCUCCACCCGCACAAUCGCGCAAGUUGCUUUGGCAUACAAAUUAAAUAACCAGAAAAAGGUUGUGGCGGUUGGAUCAAGAACGUGACCAUGAAAUAUGAAUGCCUUUCUUUUCUGGAUACAUUGUCUAAGGUUUUAUUUCUAUGAUUACAUUGUCUAGGACAAUUUGAAGGUACAAAAUCCAUCAUGCUCGAGUUGAUUAUACUUAGUUGUGCCAAUAUAAAUCUCAUUAAGCA